CUUAUCUGGUUGGUUUCUGUAACAUUAAUUUCUGUGAAACACAAUAUUUAUUUUUCCUUCGUCUAUUUCCUGCGUACCCAGGUCAUGUGUUUGCAGUAUUAACACUUCCUGGUUAUUAUUGUGCUGAAUUUUUUUGUUUGUUUGUUACCUUUUUAAUUUAAAAAUGUUUUAUAAAUCAGAUCUACACAAGUGCGGUGUUAUUAAGCAGAGACGUGUGUUGCGCUGUUGCCUGCUGCUCAUUGCUAGUUUGCAAAUGCCAACAGCUUCGGCUGGAAAGAUGAAGAUAGUCGAAGAACCGAAUACAUUUGGGUUAAACAAUCCUCUGUUAGCCCAGAGCAACAGGCUGCAGCCUAAGUUUACACCAUCUGCUGUAUCAGGUCCUGCUCAUCUCCACAGGCUGGCUGGGAAGUGCUUCAGUUUCAUAGAAUCCACGUACAAGUACGAGUUCUGCCCAUUCCACAACAUCACGCAGCACGAGCAGUCGUUCCGAUGGAAUGCGUAUAGCGGGAUUCUGGGUAUUUGGAACGAGUGGGAAAUCGUGAAUAACACCUUCGUGGCCAUGUGGAUGAGAGGAGGGGACUCCUGUGGAGCCAAAAACAGACAAACCAAGGUCCUCCUGUCCUGCGGCAGUGCCAAUAAGCUGGCCCAGGUGUCGGAGCCGAGCACCUGCAUGUACUCUGUGACGUUUGAGACCCCGCUGGUGUGCCACCCGCACUCUCUCCUGGUGUAUCCCACGCUGAGGGAGACUCUGCAGGGAGAAUGGGAUGAGGCUGAACAGGCUCUCCAUGAUGAGCUCAUCACAGAGCAGGGCUACAACAAAACGUUGAAAGAAAUCUUCCAAGAAGCCGGCUACUUAAGAGACACAAAGGAAAAGGAAACAAAGCAGGACAGUAAAUCCUCUGCAAAGUCCGAGUUUGAUACGUUGGAAAGCUGCAAAGAGGAAUACCAGAAACUGUCCGAAGAGGUCCAGAGACUGAGAGCGCUGUUAUCUCAACAUCGUAUUUUGGUAAGCAUUGAUCAAGACAACAGCCCGACCGCUACGACCCCCCCUUCAGCGGUGACUGUGAAAGAGAAGGAGACGCAUCUCAGGGGGGACACAGGACUGCGCAGCGAUGGGCUGAACUCACAAAGGGACCAAACUGAUCACUAGCACAGCACCCCAAGGCGUAAUCCUUACCCAUCUCGUCCUGGGCGUGUCACAGACCCUUGCUACCCUGCCUGCCACAUCAUGGGCUAGAAUCGGACUGGUGACCUGGAGGCAAGAAGCGACACAUCCUACUGUCCCUACGGGCUUAGAAUGCAUCCUGUGAUAACCCACACGAUGACACAAAUCAUCAUCAACAGUGACGAAGCCCUGCAGAGGGAGUAUUGCCCUUCUGUUUAAGACUGUAAAUAGCAUUUCUUUUGGUUGCAUUGGAUCCUAAGUGGCAAAGGUUUGGCAAAACACAAAUAUGCGUCUAUCAUGUUGUGUGAUGCUCAUGCCUCUCAGUAUGGGAGGGGUGACUGGGUUAGAAGGAUCAUGUAUUUUAACAAGCCUUAAGGGGCCACCUCUCUGAAGAACAGAGGGCUUUCCAUUUGCACAGUAUAUCCAGUUUGAGACUUUCAAGAGGUUUAGGGCAGAUUCUGCCACAUCAUGAAUGAUUUAUCUUAUAAAUUUUGUACAGGAGUGCGUUAAUAAAAUUGUGUAGGGAAAUUGCUGCUUAAUGAUAUUGUGCUGGUGAAUAAAAUUACAGAAAGUG